UGUUUUCUGUCUGUUGUGUUAAGCCAAGAAAACAGUUGAUUACACUUUUAUAUGCACAGAAAAACAGCGAUGUUCACCCUUUCGGAGCUCACUGUCCUCCUAGCCGUCUUCUCCGCCACAGCUUCUGGGUACUUCGUCAGCAUAGACGCUCACGCCGAGGAAUGCUUCUUUGAACGGGUCAACUCAGGCACUAAGAUGGGCCUGAUGUUUGAGGUUGCCGAAGGAGGCUUCCUGGACAUCGAUGUGGAGAUUACGGGGCCCGAUGGAAAGCAGAUCUAUAAAGGGGACAGGGAGUCCAGCGGGAAGUACUCUGUAGCCGCACAUAUGGACGGCACCUACAAGUUCUGCUUCAGCAACAAGAUGUCCACCAUGACCCCCAAGAUCGUCAUGUUCACCAUUGACAUCGGCGAGGCCCCCAAGGGCCAGGACAUGGAGACAGAAGCCCACCAGAACAAGCUGGAGGAGAUGAUCAACGAGCUGGCGAUUGCCAUGACGGCGGUCAAACACGAGCAGGAGUACAUGGAGGUCCGGGAGAGGAUACACAGAGCAAUCAACGACAACACGAACAGCCGGGUGGUUCUCUGGUCGUUCUUCGAAGCUCUGGUUCUUGUAGCCAUGACCCUCGGACAGAUUUACUACCUGAAGAGGUUUUUCGAAGUGCGGAGAGUGGUCUAAAAGGGCAUAUUCCGUUUUCCAAAGCGUUUCACCAUUAGCGGGCCCAGAUCCGUUAGCCACACCAUUUACUUCAAGAUUGGAAAUCCGACUUCCUUUGGAACCACGGUCCAUAUUACUCUUCCACUGUAUCCACCUUCCAUUUUGUUUUCCUGUUUGUUUUUUGUCUAAUUAUUGGCGUAGCUGUUACCAUUGUACAUUUUGUUUUUGUAACCCUUGCCUUUAAACAAGAAAAACAUCUUAGAAUUUGAGGCCAAGGUUAUUUUAGCUUUUGGGUUGUCAAGCUUGCAGAUACUUGUAAUUUAUUUGGUUUUAAAUCUUUGGGAGGUUUGUGUUUAUUUAAUCCAGUUGGGACAACUGUGACAACAAACUUGAAACAACAAAAUGAACUUUGUCCCUGCUUGUAAUCAACAGACGUCAAUUUGCCAGUCACACUGAAGAGGCUUCUAACUGGGAUGGGAUGGAAGGGGGGGGGCAUUUUCUGUUGCAAAUUACAUGUAACAAGGUCAGAAUGCCUGCAAAUUUUGGGGUUAAAAUGAUUUGAAAUUAAAAUGCCAUCUUCUCAAUGUAUGGAGUAUAUUUCAUCACUGGUUUAAAAAAAGACCAAAACGAACAAAAAAAACUACAUUUCAGUCUCGAAAAGAAAAUAGCAGAAUAACGACACUUGAUCGGUUGCACAUAAACACCUUAUUGAUUUGCCAUGUUUGUGACCAGUGACCAUUGGCAAGGCGCCCAAAUGUUCCGGGAAUGUCCUGGGAAUUACAUGUCCUCCCCCCCUCCUCCCCCACAUCCAAGGAACAUAAGAAUUUGGGAAUGUUUCUGUACAUUCGGGGUGGGAAAGGCUUUCUUCUUCCCUUGUAUUAAUGAUGGCCUAAAUCAGGGAUGGCCGACCCAGAUCCUGGAGAGCCGCAGGGUCUGCUGGGGGUUUAAAAAUUUUUUUUUUUUUUUUACUCUGCACUUAAUUGAUCAAUUAAAGCAGGUGAUUACACAGUUAACUCUCCUCACCUGGUUUCUUUGGUCUAAGUGGUUGUUGUAUUUAAGGUGAAAACAAAAACCAGAAGACCCUGCGACUCCCCAGGACCAGGGUUGGCCAUCCCUGGUGUAAAUUAAGCGUGUGGCUGUGGAUCAAGACAGUGUUGUGUUUGUUGUAAGAUAGUUGCUUGUACUUUUCUUGUUUAAUUGAAUUGAGAGGGUUGGGGUGCGGAAACAUUAUUUGUUGGCAACACUGUUUUUGUAUAUUUAAUUUCCUGGUCAUGAGUAUUCCUUAUCAAACAAAAUGUUUGUUACUUUUGGGAAUUUGAGGCCACCAGAGUCCAGAAACGGGCUGGGACGACCUGACGUGUGCCAUCUCAGAAAUUCUGUGCAACACAGGACGGCUUGGAAGCAACUGUAAAGAUGUACAAUUAUUAAGGCAGAUGUUUGUCAAAUGACCCAGGUUUAGUAAAUAAUAAACAACAUUCUUAAAAUGUG